CAGUUACAAGCAUUGCAAAUGGCGGCCCUUGUUAUUGUUCCAUAGCGUUUGUAAAUUUGUUCAAAAUAUGUCUCCGAUUUGCUCUUAUUUAGGUAAGAAGUGAGCUCAAUGUGGUGACUCUGUGAGUGGAAACAUAUUUACAUCCUCACCAUACAUGUGAGGGAAGUGCAUCUCCCAGAAUAGACGGAUAAUCAACACACUGAAAAUAGGUGUGGAUACUAUGACAAGGACUAUCUCAUGAAGAGAGAUUCAACGUGCCUGUGCUUGUAGUACAGUGAAAAUAGUGACAUUUAAGGUGUUGGGAGACUUGGCUUUCUCCUAACCUGUGUCAACACUUAGGUCUAAAUCAAGAAAACUGACCAUGUCUCUUUCUACUUGUCUCGGCCAUUGUGCAGAUCUCAGCUCCAUUUAGAAUGCACAAGGAUUGUGUGAUUUGUUCAAAGCUGUGCAGUGAUCUUCUGCUGGGGUCUUUGUGAAGUGCGAUGAGCUCUUGAUGUGGAGCAAGAGCAUGUGAGACUGAUCUGCCAUGGCAGCAGAUAGUGAUGGAGACCUGAUUGAGACUGUGGUCACAUGUCAGGGAGACCUCACAGACCCAGAUUUCCCAACCAAGUUCCAGGAGAUUGUUGACAAACUAAAUGGUUUGCUUUGCAAAGGGGAUGGAGAGAGUCUUCGAGUCUCUAAAGUGGAACCAUGGAACUCAGUACGUGUGACAUUCAACAUUCCACGGGAAGCUGCUCAGCGGCUUCGCCAGCUGGCAGAGGAGGGGAGCCAGGCACUCGCUGCUCUUGGUAUUUUGUCAGUUCAGGUUCAAGGCGACCAGGUGAUAUCAUUGACAAUUGCCAGUCGUUGUGGUGCAGAGCCACAAGAAAUACGUGUAGCUACUGGUCCAGCAAACUCCGAUGGCGCCUCCACAUCGAGUUCAUCUACUCCUUCCGGAGGAUUGGGUGGUAUCAUGCGAAGUAUGGCUCAAGCAAUGGGCAGUGUGCCAUCAGCACCAAAUGUAGUUGCCCCAAGCAAUGGAGACCCCAUACCACCAUUUCCACCUCCCAAGCCUACCGUAGCCACAGUGGCCGCUGUGGGAACACCGUCCAAUCCAGCCACACCUCCUGCCCAAGGAUCAAGGCCAACAGGACAGGGACCGUUCCCAUUCAACAGUAUGACCCAAGCUGCCCAAGUGAUGCAAGGAAGAGACGUCCAGCAGGGCGCAUCAACGUCAGCACCUCAAGCAACAGUGCCAGUGGCAGCAGUAGCAGCAGUGGCUGGAGUACCAGUACAACCAUCUGCAGCAGGAGUACCCACAGCAGCUGCAGUGCCCCAACCGCCUCCACCACCAUACCCAAGUGGCCAAAAUUUCAAAACUGCUCUGCCUGCCAAUGUUGCUCAGUCCAGUCCUCUUCUGGUAAAUCUGCUUCAAAACGAUGGCAGUCCAGUUGCACCAGUUGGAAACCACCUCAACAAGAUGCUCCCUCCUGGAGUGAGCACAUCAGACAAACCUGUGGGAAAAGUUCGAGGGCAAGGAAAGAAUACUCAAUCUCGCAGAAGAACUUCCGUCACAGAGAUUGCUCAAGAAUUGAAGAGAUCUGCUCCAUCCUCCCCAGCAAUGGUGUCUCCCGAUGUUGUGGGCAAUCACCUACAACAUCAUGUGGGCUCUUCUGCUUUUGUGAGCACUGUACCUUCCCCUCCGGAUGCUUUGCAACGGCAACGGCUAUCAACAGAGAGUCCAACUCCACAGACAGUGUUCAGCCAUCAGGCAGUGCCUCAGAGCCCAGGGCAGUCGCAGCAGCAGCAGCUUCCGCAUCAAGUUGGUCUUCCUCCUCAAAUCCCCCUUCAGGCGGAUCUGCAAGUGAAUGCAGUGCCUCAGAUGCAACAACAAGUACCAAGCCUGGUACCUUCAAUUCCACAGGCAGACCCAUUCAGAAUGCAGCGACCUAUGGGCCCUGCCAAUGUCCCUCAGCCAACAGUGGCAAAUCCUGCUCAAGCAAUGCGGCAAAGACCACCUGUAGCCCAGAAACCUGUAAAUCCAAAUGGAGCAUCUUUAAUUGGGACACAGAGUCCUCAUGCAGUGGCACCGGGCGUCGGCGGGCAAGGACUGACGUCCCCGAUGGCUUCAGCUACACCCCAACCGCCUCCCGUCAUGCCCCCUGCAUUAUCUACUGCCUUACCCUCACCUGUAAUGCCGCCUCAGUCACCAUCACAAUCCUCUGUUAUGCCGGUCAAAGUGUCAUCGUUGGCAUCGGCCCCUCCUCCUCCACUAAAUCAAGUCACCCCUGUGGGUACACCCGGAAUGCUCCAAUCUUCAUUAGUGCCUCCACCACAAGUUCUGCCUCAAGCGAGAGCUGCAAUUCAACCUCAGAGACUACCUGGACAGGUACCCAUGCAGCAAUCCUUGCAACAACCACAGCAAUUGCAGUACCAGCAAAUGCAGCAACAGCAACUUCAGAUUCAACAGUUACAGCAACAGCACCAACAACAGCAGCAACAUCAACAAAUGCAGCAGCAACUUCAACAACAGAGGUUUCAUCAACAGCGUGCAAUGGCCCCUCGAAUGAACUCCCCUUCAGAUUCACCAACCCAGCCUCAGCAGUCACAAAUGGUACCUCAGUAUAGUCAACCAGAGUUCCAACGAUUUUCUAGUGUUGACCCUCGUCUUUCCAAUCCUGCUGCCCAGCCUGCAGUUCCUGGUACAAUGGGUGUCAGACAUCCGAUGGGAGUUGGAAUGUCUGGACCUCUAAGGCAGCCUCAACCAGGCAUGUGGCCUAACUCUUCUUCUAACCCUCAAAACCUCAAUCCUAACUCAACCCAAAGUAUAAAUCCAAGUUUGGUUCCAAAUACAGGCCAGGGACCUGUGAGUAGCAUGAGUUCACCUUACCCAGCAAAUAGUCAAGUUGUCGGCCCUUCUCAACAACAACAGCAGCAGCAGCAACAACAGCAGCAAAUGAUGAUGCCCCAACCAUCUCAAGAGCAAAAAACAAUACCGGGUGUAACACCACUAGUGGAAGGUAAACAAACUAGUCAAAGUGCGGAUGAACCACUGAAGCAAGCUAAUGCUACUAGUCCACCGACUCCUCCUCCAGCCCUUACGUCUUCUGGGAAAGAACGACAGUUCCUCAUCAACCCUCUCACAGGGAUGUUAGAACCGAUGCCCAGCGAAUCUAGCUCUGACUCUGAAGUGGAGACGACUGACAAAACUAUUGAUACCCUUAAAGAAGACUCCUUCUUCAGCUUCCCCUCACCUCUCAAUGAUAGAUCUAAUUCGGUUUACUCAGAUGAUGAUGAUGAUGUAAGUUCUACAAUAUCCCGAAGAGCUGACACUACAACUACUGACCAAUCUGAUUCUGAAGCAACUGUUAGAUCAAAUGCAAGUGAACCAACAAACCGACGUGCUCGCAUCAAGACUAAUAGAGAUGCCAACAACAGCCCAGCUCCAGAGAAAAUAAAGCUUCGUUUGAAAUUAGAAAAAAGUGAACCAGCCUACAAGGUGGUUGGUCCGAGUGGAGGAAGUGGUGCUGUUCCCUUUGGAGGACCAACUUCUUCACCACAGCCUGGCUCAGGUUCAGCAAGUAGUGGCAUUUCUGCUGAAGAGCCACGGGUUCCACCCCUCCAUAUUUCUUUAAGAGGUCGAGGGCCAAUGGUUGUCAAUCCCCGCAAAGAGAGUAAGAAGUGGAUUAAAGAGGUUGCUGUAAACAGUGGAACUGCCCCUGUAAAUGUAGAUUCUACCAAGAAGUUAAAAUCUGCCAAAAUGAUGGGAACUGGAAACUCGUCGUCACCUGAUAACGUCAUGCGUGUGAAAAAGCCUCAUCUUAUUCCAGGCUCUGGUCAAGUUCCAGGAACAGGUCCUGGUUCACCAUCAACUGAUGCUGUUAACAUUAUGAGAACAAGCACUGUAAAUGAGAAGAUUCGGACUAAAGUGAAAGUGGCAAGGCAACGCUCUGAUGAGGACUUACCAGUGCAUGCAAAGGCAUUGGAACCAGGGGAGAUUGUCUUGCCAAAUCCUGCUCUAGGGAAACUUAAAGCAGGAGGGAUUGCGGGUAGUGGUGGCACUGUUCCAGUUAAUCUGAACACACCUGCAAGUAGUUCUAACAACCCUGUUAAAUCCUUUUCUGAGAAGGAUGUUGCUGUGAGAGUUACCAAUCGUAGCAACUCUGAACAGCUUGCGGGUGCGCGUACCAUGGGUAAAAGUCGCAAACGAGAAACCAAGAAGAAGGUGCUUCCCAACUCUGGGACUUUUCAAGAGGCACUGCCAGCCCAGGAAAGUGCCAAGAUGCCCGAAGAGGACAGACCUGUUGGUGCCUCCCCCUCAACUUCUCCCAAUGUUAGGUGGGGUACUGAGGAUGAUGGGGUGUGUGAAAUUGGACAAAAUGGUGUGGGAAAUGGGGAUGAAGAGAAGAAAAAUAGAACAGUUGGACAGGAAAAGGAUGGCAAUUUUCCAGAUUCUCCAGGAGUUCUGCCUCCCAAGGUGAAACCUGCCCCUGCUCCAUCAGAUUCUGGCUGCAACCCGGAUAAUUCGGAUCUUGCUCCACUCAGUGUCACUGCCAAGCCUGCUGAGCAAGACAACAAGCCUGUGAUAAAUACCGUAAGGACAGUCAAUGCUUCAAAAGUGAAAAGAGUGGACCACUUGAGACACGGAAGAAAGAUGCAGAACUCACUUAAUAAGUCUGCACUUAAUAAGACGGCAGUAAUUAAUGAGACUAUGCUGAAUCAUCGUAAAAAUUUACAUAUGCUACCAGAAUUACAUGAGACUCAAGACAGUUUUUCUCAGCACCAAAAGGCUAUCAUAGAAAGCUGUCUACAAAUUCAGAAAAUAGCUAAUCAUGAUGAUAAGCGUCUUCUGAAGAAAUUGGCUGAGAAGGGUGAAAUAAUUGCUGAAAGAGUUCCCUCUAAGGUACCUAGUUCGCUCCCUGUCGGUGACUUGGUGAUUUCAGAAGCUAAAAUUAAACAACGUCUUCUGGAAGAUGACCCUAGGAAGAGUGCAGUUGUUUUGGAAAAGGUUGAAGCUCCUCCGGCUCCUGAGGCAGAGGCAGCUGCCAAUGCUACAGGAGAGCAAGGAAACACUCAGGGUGAGGACUCAGGAAUAGAAUCUAUGGAUGCUUUAUCUGAAAAAUCACCAAACCAGGGCGAGUCUCCAUGUCGGAAAGAAGAGAAAGAAUUGGAAUCAUCCUGUGUGACUCAAGAUAAGAAACCUAGUGUUACUCCCACCACUCCCUCUGAACCUAAAGUGGAAUGCAGUGAAGUGAAGGAAACAGCAGUCAAGUCAAAUUCACUUAGUUCAAAGAGUGAAGAUGAAGUGACCAACAUCUCGACAGUAUUAGCAACAAAACCCGUGAUUCCAACCUCAUCUAAGCCUGCAACUCCUCUUACUCCUUCUAAAAUAAGCCCCCUUAAAGAUUGUGGAUUGGUCAGUGCGAUGGCUGCUAAAGUCAAGUCUGCUAUGGAAUCCAGCCCAACAAAAAAUAUUGAUUUAAAACCAAAAGUUGAAGUGAAGACAGAGCCUUCCUUGCCAAAAUCAGCUGAUGUGACACCUGUUCCCAUAGCAUCGCCAACAUUAGAUGAUCCUAUACCCAUCAGGAUUACACCGCCAUUGUACACUUAUUCCAAUCCCGAAAAGCAUAGAGAUGAAACUCCAUCUCCAACCAAUCUGGAUGAUGAGGAAGGAGAUCCCACCACAGAGGAUGGAUUGCUCGACAGCCCCUCACCGGGAGGAGCAUCAGGCAGUGCUAUUCAAAGGAGGCGAGAGAGAAAGCGCAGAAUGUUAAUGAGAAACAUUGAGAAAGCUCGCUCCUCUACUGGUGAUGAACAAGAAGAUGGAGGGCUUGCUGUUGGGUCUUCUGCAUCGACUGUUAAUGAUCUUACUGGGAAAGCAGCAAAUGUUCCUAAAACUAUGCUACAGCAACUUCAAAUUGAAAUACCUCCCGAUGGUUUGGAAAGAAGAGGAAGUGGACGUAGCACCCGCUCUCAAAAUAGAAUGGGUCAUCCAAGUCCAGAUGUUUCUUUGAGUUUGAAAACACCAAAAUCUAGCCCUGGAGGAGGUCCAGUUUUACGUGGAUCUGAUGAUCGAUCUUCAUCUCCAAUAGUCACUGGCAGGCAUAAUUCUAACAAACCUAGCCCCAACCCAGUUCCAAGAAUGAAGAGAAAACGUCAGAACUCCGACUCAAGUGCUGCAUCAAGUGUCACAGAUGAUCUGAAUCUGACGUCAUCAUCCUCCACCCCUAGACCUGGAAAGAGAAAGUGUUCUGAAAAUGCUGCGGAACUCAUCAAGGCCUGUAUGGGUGUUGAUGGACUGAGAUCGGGAGAUGCUCCUGCAGAAGUGCCUCCUCAAACCAUGCGGAAGUCUCGAAGAGGUGGUAGUUCCGCAUCUGUGGAUGUGGAGUCUUCAGAUGAUGAACCACUCAUAGAGAUUGCAGGAAAAGUGCGUCGUGAUGAUGGUGCUGUGUCACCCGGUGCACAGUCUGUUAGUAGCACUUCUAGCAGGACUGCAAAGGAUGACGAAUCCAAGUCAAAUAGUAGUUCAGUAUCCAAAACAGGACGGUCCAGUGCAAACCUUACCAAUAAAAGCCAGGCAUCUCCCCUGGGCAGCAAUUCAUCUACUGCAUCUACAGGAUCUAAUUCUUCCUCAGCUAGUAACAGUAAUGGCACGAAUACAACUACUACUGUAACUAGACGCUCUGGACGUCAAACUACUGCGUCUGGACCAACCCCAACCACUAACAACUCAGGGGCUGCCCCUUCCAACAAGACGAAUGCAUCUAACAAUGCAGGCCUUGCUGCGGGCACUAGGGGAGCCGCUGCCGCUGCAGUCAAAUCAGGACCUUCUACACCCAAUACCACUGGCACAAGUGUAACGGUAGCAGCAAGUGUCACCACUCUUUCUCAGGAAGAGGUGAAAACUAGACGCAAAACGCGCAGUGUAGCUAAUGCAUCUGAAGCUGAUACAGCAGGAAGCAAGAGACGGAGAGCAUCCAAAGAUGGCAAGUGACGAUCGGAUUGGGUGGAGGAGGAUCCACCCACGCAAUCACUUCCUGAGUCCGUGCAGUCAUCUUCGAUGUGUGAUAGUGACAUAUUGGAUGAUGGUAUUGGAUCAGUGCUGGCAGUCGCUCUUCAAGGCUCUGAUGGGGCAGUGCAAUUUUGUGGCUGACACCAGAUACAGACAUUUUCAGACUGUGUUAAGCCUUUAGGUUAUGUGAGAAUGAUUUGGAAAAUGGCUUCCAUCCCCAUGAGGGACCCACGGCUAGGUUGAUAACUGUUUUGUUUUAAUGCCAAUUGAGUGAGUAAUCAGUACAAGUUUAAGACUUUAAUAUGUUUGAUUAACACCAUCUGAGGCUUGUAUCAUAUAUCCCACACCAUGAGCUGACAUGAGAAUCAAUUUUCUUUAUUGACUAGUGCAACUGUCUUGAAUAUUAGUUUCUUUAUUCAAAUUCUUUUUAAUGAAUAUUGUGGUUUGUAAUUAUCUAUUUGGCCGUUUGUAAGCCUCUGAAUUUUCUUUUCAAUCAAUACAAGCAAUUUUAUAAUGUUUUUCAUCAACACUGACACACUAAUGAACUUUCUCAAAUUGAUCGAUUAAAUUUAAUGCUAAGACUAUGCUUGUGCUAAAGCUAUAAUGGAGCAGCUAAUAUUCAAGAAAGUUAACUGACAAGGCAUAUAUAUCUCCGUACUUGAGGUCCCUUAUCUUCUUGAUGUGGACACUUUAGUUUCCUACUGCACUUAAUUUGUGUUUCCUUGAAGAAACUGUGACCUUGUGCAAAUGUAUCUCACUUUUAGGCUGUUCACUAUUUAGGUAAAACGUGGUAAAAUGAUUCCUACUAGCUCAACACUUCCUAGUACAAAGCAGAUGUGAGACUAGUAUAAGUUGGUUUUGAAACCCAGAGCUCUGCUGAGGACUGACUUAAGUAUGCAAAUUCAUGAGUUGGAAAGGGAACAUGUUAAUUAAAUUUAUGUAAGAGUGACAAUAUAUUUCAUCUGUGCCCAUUGGGUCUGUUCAUGAAUCUUGUUGUAUACCGCUGUAGAAUCUGUAAUCAUUACACCACCUAAGACUGAGCAAUAAAUUAGCAGCAUGCUUUUUGUGGCUGUUUUCUUAUGAAACAUGUUAUGUUUGGUUUUAGGUGGUUUGCUUAGCUAGUUUGUCUUGUCGCAGAGUAUGGUGUGCACUGAAGGACAGCCUGAUAUUAAUGUUGAGAAGCCUUUUGGUUGCCUCUUUUUCUGAGCUUCACAGUAUCAACUGUCUGUUUGUCUGUGUGUCCGUCCAAUAAGUUUUUAAAUUAAUAUUUUAAUUAUUAUUUCAAUCUUACUUGUCUAUCUGUUUUUAAGCUCUCAUAUCUUUAUAGUGUAAAUAACUUGUUAUAAUUACACCUUUAAAGCAAAAGUAACUUGUUGGGAUUUAUGCUACUUUUUUUUUAAGAAAAAAAUGAAAACAAAGUCAACAGUUAUGUUCUUCUCUUCAGUUCUUUUAUUUUAAUUGUUAAUUUCGUUUUAAGUCUACACAAAUAAGUCGCUCUGGCAACUUAAUGCAGAGUAGAAAGAAAUUUUAAUACCAAACAUAUUGGUGUAUGUUUGUUAUUGCAGAACUCUUCACAAGUGGAAAUGCUGUUUUCCUUUUAAGUCUAUGAAAUUUUAUGCAAGUGGGUGAACUCAUUGAAAGAGCGGCUUUUCACAAAGGCCAGGGUAUGGAUCAAUGCUGUGUAGCGUGUAUGUGUCUAUGUGUGGGUGAUUAAGUGUUUUGUAUGCCAUUGAAUGUUGUUGAAUAAUUGUUGUAUAUCACCGAGUGAUGUGUGUGUAUGUGUUAGUGUGUGUGCGUGUGCAAUGUGAAGCCCCACUACACUUGUCAGUUCAAAGAAAAUGAAAUUAUAAUGGAGCAAGUGCCAUGCUAGCUUUGGGCACAGGGCUCAUUGUUGUUUGUACAGCGUUUUAUCUUUUUAUAAAUAUAUUUUAAUUACUCUUGGGUGUUGAAUGAAUGUUUUUAAGUGUGGAUGUAUGAAGAUGCCAGUAGUGUGAUAAAUCAACUCACACAAUGCUGCACUUGACUAAAACCAAAAUUUGGUUUUUUAUAACUUUUCUGUGAAGAGAUUAUUUAUUGAAACUGGUGUCUAUUUUUUGUACUGCUAUGAGAAACAAAAUGUCUUUUUUCUUCUUUUUGCUUUUGUUCAGACUGAUAGUUUAUUGUUAAGGAACAUGGUAUGCUUAUAGGCAUGAUGUUAAAAUCAUUGUUGAGAUUUUGGGUUUUUAAUGAAAUUACAGGCAAAAAUUGGAAUGAGUUGUGAAUGCACAGUUGUGAACUCAAAGAGGUGUUGGUAUUUGUGCAUUUUGCGGUUUAGGAACAUACAUUAUACCAAAAUGAAUGCAUACAUGUCAACACAUUUAGUUUUAUUUUAUUCAUACCUGUGUAAUUAGCAGCCUUUACUGUUGUAGGAUAGAAAAUGUUUGUGAGAUAAUAUGUAUAUAUUGCUGUACAUACUUUAUGUUUAGUUAAAGAACAAAGGUAAAUGCCUCUAAACAGAAGGAAUAUUGUAUAUUGUACAGAUAUUAUUGAAACAAUAGGGCUCUUUGUAUUUUAGUACAUACAUAUGUUGCAUUAAUAUUGUAGAAUUGGAGUCAAAUGGAAGUCAUUAAAUUGAAAAUUGACUGGCUUUCUUCCUUAGCCAUUGAA